AUGAAGAUAAAUCCAAAUACAGUACAGCCAAUAGAAGGUAAACCAUACGGAAACGGCACCAUCUUCGGAAAGGAGAGAGGUCACAACACCACCAAAAUUAUUUCUAGAUCCGAGCACAAGAGAAUCAUUAAACAGAACCCAUCCGAGUUUGCCAAAAUAGCCAUGGAAAAGUCAGCACUAGCUAGAAACAUAGCAAAGGAGAUCUGCGGACUGGCCCCAUACGAAAAGAAGGCCAUAGACUUUGGAAGAAGAGGAGAAGAAAAGAAGAUGAGAAAAUUCUUAAAGAAGAGACUGGGAAGCUUAAAGAGUGCCAAGAUCAGACAAGAGAGAUUAUUAUCUGAAAUGAGACAUAUGAAUUAAUAAAGAG